AUGGGCACCUUCCUAGGACACCUGAUGCCAGCUUUCUUUUUCCUCUUCUACUGCCUCUAUUAUUCCGUGCUGGUAUCCCUGGCUCUGUUACGGAAGCAGAGGGUCCUCAAGCUGCCUCUGCCCCCAAAGGAGAAGCGACGGCGGUGGCAGCUGGUGCCCAUGGAAGGAGGGGUGAAGGUGGUCAUCACCACAAUUGGCAUAGUCCUAGAGUUCUUCUUCCCCCCGGGAGUAAACCGGCUGGUGAUCAUCGACUGGAAGGACCCUCGGCGGCCAUUCUUGUUCAAGGACAACUGGCACCACAUCACCAUGUACGGGUUCUUCCUGCUCAGUGGCGUGGCGGACAUCGUGAGCCAUUCGUGUCGAGCCAGGCCGUGCGUGAAGCUGGAGCGGGCAGCUGAGGCCUUGGCCUUCUACGUGCUGGCACUGAUGAUGGCCAGCCACCUGGAGAACAAGAACACCCUGGAAAUCCGAGUGCACGUUCUGUUCAUGGUGCCCGUUUUGGUGGUGGCCCUGGUGCUCAGUGUCGAGGUCUGGGUCCCUGACCAGCCCCAACUCUGGGUGCUCAAGGCCUGGAUGGGGCUGGUACUCAGCAGCUGGUUGUUGCAGCUCAGUGUGCUGUUGUACACACCCAUCACCGGACAGCCCUGGCGAGCAGAGGAUCCCACAGACCUCGCCUUCCUCUCCAUCUUCUUCUGUUGGCACCUGGCCUUGGGAGUUGCCAUACUGGCUGCUACCUAUGGCCUCUGCAGUCUCUGGCACCACCGUUACUCCUCCUGGACAGAGGCCUCAAAUGCCAGGUACCAGCUGUGCCCUACAGACUCCAGAGGCGAAGAGCUAGAAAAGCUGCAAGCAGAGGUCACACUGCAGGAGGGAGGCAUCUAG